CCAUUUUCUCAUAGAAUGGAAUCCCUCAGUUGCUCCCUCACUGAAGCCGUCACCAUAGGAUUGGGGAUUUUAUUCAUCUUCUACUGCUUCGUCUAUAAGCUGCAGAGGGAUGGAAAGAAAAUGAAAUUGCCUCCAGGACCACGUCCAUGGCCUGUCAUAGGAAGCCUCCAUCUCUUGGGAAGCCUUCCUCAUCAAGCUUUUGCAACGCUGGCAAAGAAAUACGGAUCCCUUAUGUUUCUCCGUUUAGGCUCCAUCCCCGCUGUUGUGGUGUCUUCUCCUGCCAUGGCAAAAGAAUUUCUCAAAACGCAUGAUUUGGUGUUUGCAACCAGACCACACAGUUACAAUGGGAAAUUCAUAUGCUAUGGUCAUAAAGACGUCGCUUUUGGCCUCUAUGGAGAGUCUUGGAGGCAGAAGAGAAAGCUGAUGACAGUGGAGCUGCUCACAGUCAAGAGAAACGAAUCCUUCGGAUUUGUGAGAGAGGAAGAAGUGUCUUCCAUGAUCGCCUCCAUCUGGCAGGAAAGCGGGCACGGAGCGCAGUGUGUGGAUGUGAAGAGGAGACUCUCCUCCCUUACUCAAAAUAUUGUCUGCAGAAUGUUUGCUGGCAGGACGUAUUCCGACAACGAACUGAAUGGAGGGCAUGGUUUCAAAGAAAUGGUGGAAGAGAUGUUUUCCGUGUUCGGUGCGUUUCCCAUUGGCGAAUACAUUCCUUCUCUUGACUGGAUGGACUUGCAAGGAUUCCGUCGUCGCAUGAAGGCCGUUCACAAAAUAUUCGACAAAUUUGCUGAAAAAGUAAUCGAUGAGCACAUCGUAGAAAGAAAAGCUAGGGAAGGAGUUCGCGUUAAAGACAUGGUAGACGUGAUGCUCAGCAUGGCUGAGACGGACGGCCAGUCAAUGUCACGGGUCGACAUCAAAGCCGUGAUCCUGGAUUUUGUAAAUGCGGGAAUGGAAACACCGGUGACAUUGCUAGAGUGGGCGAUAAGUGACUUGCUAGGGAAUCCUGCAACGCUGGCACGAGUGCAGCAGGAGAUCGAAUCGGUAGUUGGCAGAGACCGCUUAGUAAAGGAGAGUGACGUCAUGAGCUUCCACUACUUGCAAUGCGCGGUGAAGGAAACACUCAGACUUCACCCGCCAGGUCCGCUGCUCAUUCCGCACGAGUCGAUGGAAGGCUGCAGAGUUGGAGAAUAUUUCAUUCCACCAAAGACGAGGCUGUUUGUGAAUUUGUGGGCGAUUGGAAGGGAUGAAAGCGUUUGGGAAGAUGCUCAUCAGUUUAAGCCCGAGCGGUUCAUAGGCAUAAAUAAGGAUGUGAGAGGUUACGACUUCGAUUUUACGCCCUUUGGAGCAGGAAGGAGAGGAUGCCCCGGGAUUACCAUGGGUCUUUCUAUUUGUGAGUUCGCACUCGCUCAGCUGGUUCACUGCUUUGACUGGACUGUGGAUGGCGAGCUGGAUAUGACGGAAAAGUUUGGAAUAACUAUUACCAGAAAAAAUCCGCUAUUUGCCUGCCCUAAAUGGAGGCUCACUACUGAAUAUCCUAGUUAAGCAUGUAUUCUCGGAUAUUCUCGGAUACGUGUUUUUCUUAGGUUUUUAAACUAAAAUAGCUUAUAUCAAGAUAUUCUUAAAUAAAACUUAUGAUAUAGGUGGAAUGGACAGAAGAAUAUUUGUCGA